GGCCCCAUGAAGGAGCCCGACGCCAUCAAACUCUUCGUGGGGCAGAUCCCGCGGCACCUGGAGGAGAAGGACCUGAAACCGAUUUUUGAGCAAUUCGGGAAAAUCUACGAGCUCACCGUCAUCAAGGACAAGUACACCGGGAUGCACAAAGGAUGCGCCUUCCUGACCUACUGCGCCCGCGAGUCGGCCCUGAAGGCCCAGAGCGCCCUGCACGAGCAGAAAACCCUGCCGGGGUGAAUGAACCGGCCCAUCCAGGUGAAGCCGGCGGACAGUGAGAGCCGAGGAGAGGACCGGAAGCUCUUUGUGGGGAUGCUGAGCAAGCAGCAGGCGGACGAGGACGUGCGGAAGAUGUUCGAGCCCUUCGGCACCAUCGACGAGUGCACGGUGCUGCGGGGCCCCGACGGCACCAGCAAAGGCUGCGCCUUCGUCAAGUUCCAGAGCCACGCGGAGGCCCAGGCCGCCAUCGCCGCCCUGCACGGGAGCCGCACGCUGCCGGUGAGGGACCGUCCUCGGCGCUGUCACUGCGGUGCCACCUUUGUCACCGUCCCCUUCAGUGCCACCUUUGUCACCAUCCCGUUCAGUGCCACCUUCAUCACCGUCCCCUUCAGUGCCACCUUCACUGUCCUCAUCAUCACCCGCGGCGCUGUCACCUUCAGCAUCCUCAUCAUCGUCCCCUUCAUGGUCCCCUUUGCCAUCCCCUUCAUCAUCCUUCUCAUUGUCCCUUUCAUCGUCCUCGUCAUUGUCCCCUUCAUUGUACUCUUCAUUGUUGUCAUUGUCAUCCCCUUUGUCACACUCAUCACCCUCAUCACCCCCAUCAUCAUCAUCUCCUUCAUCAUCCUCAUCAUGUCCUUUGUCACCCCUUCAUCAUCCUCCUCAUCAUCCUCACCA